UACAGUCAUGAUUCCAAAGGUUAGUAUGAACUCCAUCUCCAUGUUCAUAAACAGAAGUUGCAAGAUAAAAGUUAAGAUAGCUCCCAAAUCGAUUAACUUGGUAGUUAAGUCUUACUAAAUAGCUUCGUCUCUCUCCAAGCUUCAAAGCCCGAUAGCUUCGGCCGCACUUUAGCUAGCUUCCUCCACUACCAGUGUCGUCUCUCUUCUUUCUCGGCCACUUUCUUGGCCAAAAUGAGCUUCCGAGCACCUUUGCCCACCCAUGUCAAAGAAGAGAAGAAAGACGAAAAAGAUGAAAAGAAACCCCAGAAAGUUCCCUUCAGCAAGCUUUUCUCCUUCGCCGAUUUCUGGGAUUACGUCUUAAUGUUCCUCGGUUCUGUUGGUGCGUGUGUUCAUGGUGCUUCCGUGCCCGUAUUCUUUAUUUUUUUCGGAAAAUUAAUAAAUAUCAUCGGUAUCGGCUACCUCUUUCCCGAGUUGGUGUCCCAUAAGGUCGGAAAGUAUUCUUUGGAUUUUGUUUACCUAAGCAUCGUUAUGUUGUUCUCGUCUUGGAUAGAGGUUGGUUGUUGGAUGCACACCGGAGAGAGACAAGCGGCGAAGAUGAGGCUGGCUUACUUGAGAGCAAUGCUGAACCAGGACAUAAGUCUUUUCGACACUGAAGCUUCGACGGCAGAGGUGAUCGCUGCGAUUACAAGCGAUGUUAUAGUUGUUCAAGAUGCUAUAUCUGAGAAGGUUGGGAAUUUCAUACACUACAUAAGCCGUUUCAUAGCGGGAUUUGCGAUAGGAUUUGCGCGGGUUUGGCAAAUCAGCCUUGUAACCUUAUCUAUAGUUCCGCUGAUUGCCAUUGCUGGUGGUUUGUAUGCAUAUAUAGCAAUUGGUCUUAUGGCCAGAGUAAGGAAAUCGUACGUGAAGGCUGGAGAAAUCGCAGAAGAGGUGAUUGGUAAUGUUCGAACAGUCCAAGCUUUUGUGGGAGAGGAGAAGGCUGUGAAAAUGUACAAGGAUGCACUUGCCAAGACGUACAAGUAUGGCAAGAGGGGAGGACUAGCCAAGGGUAUGGGGCUUGGAACAAUGCACUGCGUUCUCUUCUUGUCGUGGGCAUUGCUGGUAUGGUUCACUAGCAUUGUCGUCCACAAGAAGAUAGCUAAUGGCGGAGAGUCUUUCACCACCAUGCUCAACGUUGUCAUUUCUGGCCUCUCUCUUGGAAUGGCUGCACCAAACAUCUCUACGUUCAUGCAAGCAAGAGCAUCUGCAUACCCCAUUUUUAAGAUGAUCGAAAGGAACACAGUUAGCAAAGCUAGCUCCCAGCAAACUGGACGACAACGAAUCCUCAACAAAGUGGAGGGCCACAUUCAGUUCAAGGAUGUAUGCUUUAGUUAUCCGUCUCGCCCGCAUGUAGUGAUCUUCAAUAAGCUUUCUCUCGAUAUACCGUCGGGAAAGAUUGUUGCCAUCGUUGGAGGAAGUGGGUCUGGAAAGAGCACCGUGAUCUCAUUGAUCGAGCGCUUCUAUGAACCCCUUUCUGGUCACAUUCUCUUAGAUGGGAACGACAUCAGGGAACUCGACCUCAAAUGGCUUAGGCAGCAAAUUGGAUUGGUUAAUCAGGAACCCGCUCUCUUUGCAACUUCCAUUCGUGAGAACAUCCUAUAUGGGAAAGAUGAUGCCACCUUGGAGGAAAUAACACAAGCUGCUAAGCUUUCAGAGGCGGUUUCGUUCAUCAACAACCUUCCCGAUAGAUAUGAGACACAGGUUGGCGAGAGAGGAAUACAGUUAUCAGGUGGACAGAAGCAAAGAAUUGCAAUAUCUCGUGCAAUACUGAAGAAUCCUUCAAUCCUCCUCCUCGAUGAGGCCACAAGUGCCCUUGAUGCUGAAUCUGAGAAGAGUGUGCAAGAAGCGCUUGAUCGGUUGAUGGUUGGACGAACAACUAUUGUGGUGGCUCAUCGGCUCUCCACCAUUAGAAAUGCCGAUAUAAUUGCUGUCGUUCAAGGGGGAAGGAUUGUGGAGAGUGGAAGCCAUGAAGAACUUAUGUUGAACCCAAACAGUGCCUAUGCAUCUCUAGUGCAUCUCCAAGAGACGGCACCUUUGCAGCAUCAAGACUCCAUGGGGCGCUCACUCAGCAUAAAGCUUUCACGAGAACUGUCCCGCACAACCACAAGCUUUGGCGCCAGCUUCCGCUCUGAUAAGGAAUCCGUUGGCCGCUACGUUGCAGAAGAUGGUGAGCCUGAAAAGAAGAAGCCCGUCUCCAUGAGAAGAAUGUUUUCCAUGGUGCUUCCUGAUUGGAUCUAUAUUAUCUAUGGCGUCACUGGUGCAAUUAUGUCCGGUGCCCAGAUGCCGCUUUUCGCUCUUGGAGUUACAGAGGCUUUAGUUGCCUAUUACAUGGACUGGAACACCACGCGCCACCAAAUCAAGAAGAUAGCAUUCCUCUUCUGUGGAGGUGCUGCUGCCACUAUCAUUUUUCACUCAAUUGAGCAUCUUAGUUUUGGGAUCAUCGGUGAGCGGCUAACACUUCGGGUGCGGGAGAAGAUGUUUGCAGCCAUUUUGAGAAACGAAAUUGGAUGGUUCGAUGAUACUAGUAAUACUAGCUCGAUGCUAUCAUCACGUCUAGAAUCCGAUGCAACUCUGUUGCGAACUAUAGUUGUUGAUCGAUCGACAAUCCUUAUAAUGAAUAUAUCUAUGAUCUUCACUUCAUUCAUCAUUGCCUUCAAUCUGAAUUGGAGAGUCACGCUUGUUGUCCUGGCCACUUUUCCCUUGAUAGUUAGCGGACACAUCAGUGAGAAACUCUUCAUGAAAGGCUAUGGCGGUGAUUUGAAUAAGGCCUAUCUUAAAGCUAACAUGCUUGCUGGCGAGGCAGUGGGGAACAUCCGCACUGUUGCUGCCUUCUGUUCAGAAGAUAAGGUCAUUGAUCUGUACGCACGAGAGCUAGAUGAGCCAAGCAAGCAUGCCUUCCGCCGUGGCCAGGUUGCCGGCAUCUUGUAUGGUGUCUCACAAUUUUUCAUCUUCUCAUCCUAUGCCCUUGCUUUGUGGUAUGGUUCUGUCUUGAUGGGGAAGGGGAUGGUCAGCUUCAAAUCAGUCAUUAAAUCAUUCAUGAUUUUAAUAGUAAGUGCAUUGGCUAUGGGUGAGACAUUAGCACUGGCGCCGGACAUCGUAAAGGGGAACCAGAUGGUAGCUUCAGUGUUCCAAGUGCUGGAUAGGAAGACCGAGAUUGUGGGAGACGUCGGAGAGGAGGUGACCAAGGUCCAAGGCUCGAUUGAGUUGAAGCACAUUGAAUUUAGCUACCCAUCAAGGCCAGACGUUAUCAUCUUCAGGAACUUCAAUCUCAGGGUUCGUGCAGGUAAGAGCAUGGCGCUGGUAGGGGCAAGUGGGUCGGGCAAGAGCUCUGUGAUCUCGCUUAUAUUACGUUUCUACGAUCCAAAAUCUGGGAAGGUGAUGAUUGACGGAAAAGACAUUAAGAAAUUGAAGCUCAAGUCCCUUCGGAAGCACAUCGGCCUCGUCCAACAAGAACCAGCACUGUUUGCUACGACCAUUUAUGAGAACAUUCUGUAUGGAAAAGAGGGAGCAUCAGAGGCAGAGGUUAUCCAGGCUGCCAAGCUCGCUAAUGCACACGCUUUCAUCAGUGGGCUUCCUGAGGGAUACUCAACUAAGGUUGGAGAAAGAGGAGUGCAACUAUCUGGUGGGCAGAAGCAACGGGUGGCCAUCGCCAGAGCUGUUCUCAAAGAUCCAGCGAUUUUGCUACUUGAUGAGGCCACCAGUGCCCUCGAUGUAGAGUCUGAGCGUAUUGUCCAGCAAGCACUCGACAGGCUAAUGAAGAACCGAACUACAGUAAUGGUAGCACAUCGAUUGUCUACCAUUCAGAAUGCAGAUCAAAUCUCAGUAAUUCAAGAUGGAAAGAUCAUAGAACAAGGGACUCAUUCUACUUUGGUUGAGGACAAGAAUGGUGCGUAUUAUAAGUUGAUUAGCUUACAGAAACAGCAGCAACAACAAUAGCUCUACAAUGGCAGAAAAAUACCCUCCUCAUCCUCGUCAAUUAUGAAGGGAGUCCAGAGAUAGGUAGCAAAUUAACCAACAUACAAGAUAUGUACAAGGGGCUACGAAGCCCAAUCAGGAGUAAAGUACUGGUUGCAUCAAGUGUUCACUUUUGAUUGGGUUUUGUAGCCCAAUGUACAGGUAUUGUUUAUGAGCCUAUUUUGUUUCAUAUUGUAGUUUCUUUCACUGUAUCUUCUUCUUUACCAUAUCGUGCAUGAAUUAUGAACAACAGUUAUUGUUAAUUUCUCAGAAAAAUAAGAAGAAUACUGAAUACAUGCCGGAAUAUACGAGAUUAGAAAGUUUGAA